AUGGAGGAGACUUACGUUGAUGCGGUUGGUGUGGACACAGCAACGACGGAGAGCUCAAAGAACAAAAAGAAGUUGAAGGUAAUGGUUGCGAUAGAUGAAAGCAAGGACAGCUUCUAUGCGUUGGAAUGGGCAUUGGAACAUCUCAAAGAUGUUAUGAGCGCCGAACCGGAAACCGGUCAAGAAGGCGGUUUACUUACCUUGGUUCAUGUUAAUCCUUCUGGUGCAACCGCUUCGGCGACAGAUUCAGUUCCUGAAAUAAUGAAGAAAGCAGGAGUACAGAGCACCAACUUGUUCUCACCAGCGUUGGAGUUAUGUCGUGCCAAAAUGGUGAAGACAGAAACGAUGAUAUUGAAAGGGGAUCCAAAGGAGAUGAUCUGCCAAGCGGUCGAGCAAACCCAUACUGAUCUUCUUGUUGUUGGUAGCCGUGGACUCGGCAUGGUCAAAAGGGCCUUUCUAGGAAGUGUGAGUGAUUACUGUGCCCAACAUGCAACAUGUCCAAUUAUAAUCGUGCGACCACCUAGAGAAACCUAA